GUUGUUUCCUGCUCUGUGCGUCUUGACAGCUGUUCGGGGAAGAUUGUGUAGAGAGGUGGGACACUGUAGAGUUCAGUGUGUGUGUGACUGCUGCCAGAUUAACACACACCCUCCUCUUGUUACAAACACACACACUCUCAACUUUUUUUGUAACUUUUCUUUAAUUAUCCGCAAACAUGGAUCUGGACCCGGCCGUUAUCAUCCCCGCCAUCCUCUUCACCGUUGUUGCCAUCUACUUCGCCUCCUCGUUCCUGACCAAGAAGCCCGACGCCUCCUCAUCCUCAGCUGAAAAGAAGAAGCCCAAAGUAGGCUACGGAGAUGUCAUCCCUCCGUCCAGAGCUCUGGGAAAACCUAUCCCACCCGCGCCCAAACCAGAGCCUCCUGCCCCGGUUGUAGAGACCAUCAAACCCGUUGAGAAGAUCGUAGAGAAACCGGUAAAGGUAAGUCCGACCUGUUCUCUUGUUCAUCACUUUAUGGGUGCGUUAUCUGACUAAUAAUGGUGCAAAUAUUGACUUAUAAUUUACAGUCACUCACUUUGUUUGCUUUCCCACCAAUGUGUUUAAUUUAACCCGUCAUUUGUGUUCAAAUCAAACGGAUUAAUGACACUUAAAAAUACUCCUAUUGACACACAGUAAAAACAACCAUACUUGUUUGAUUAAAAUGAAAAUGGCUUCAAAACCUUCUAGUUGGGUGUUAGCAAUUAAAAAAUAAAAAUGUAAAACUUGAAGAGGUAUUUUUUUUAGAUUAUGUCUCUUUUUGAUGUGAGUCUUGCCUAAUCUUACCGAUUAAACAACCAAUCUGUCCUCAGUUAUAAACAACAGAAGGUUUGCUGCCCAGUGGUUAAUAAACUUGUUUGAUUUUUUGUGGUUCAUCUUCUCUGAUUUAAACAAUUGUCAGUUUUCAAACAGUUCAAAAGGUAACUAAUUGGGAAAAAAAGUUGACUAAUCAAUCAACUGAUUAAUUGAUAGUUUUUAAAUAUCUAUUUUCAACCAUCACAUGUUAGCAUAAUCAAAGAUUAAUUCAGUAUGAAUUUAUAAUUGAUGUUUGACUCCCAAAUCAGCUUAGUCAAAGCAAAGUAGACUUCGGUCCUUGUAUUGAAAUGUGUUAUUGGAGUAUUUUGAGUUGCAGGAAAGUUAAUGUUUAUACUUGUACUUAAUACCUAACUACCCUAUAUGUGCAAACUGAAAUUACUGAAAAAGGUCUUAAGUUUAACUAGUUCAGUUCAAGAUGUUUAGAGCCAUUCUGAUGUGUAAAUUAAUCAGUCAAGGUUCGUAUUUGAGUGUUUUGGUUCUGCAUUUAUAAUUUUUGUAUGGCAUAUUGGGAUAUUUUAGCAAUAUUUUAUGUUAUCAGAAACAUGCCAAGAGACAAUCAGUCUGAUAGCCAUCUGUUGUCUUUACCAUAAAACCCAAAAGAUAUUUAGGUAUUUAAGGUUGAAAAACAUAAUUAACAUUUUUCCAGUUAACAGCUCAAGAGAAGAGAAAUGCCAAAGCUGCCUCAGCCAAAGAAUUUUUUUUUCAAUUACCUCAAUAUGCAAACAUGAUUGCGGGCUACCUUUUCAUGAGUGAUGAGGUCACUGGUAUUAAGCCCAGUAACUGGGGUUGGACCUUCACAAGCUGUGAUUAUACUGAAGGGCUUGAUGAGUCACUUUUAUGAAUUUAAUUAAAACUUCACGCCAUCUUUUAUUCUGCACUCAAUAUGUUUUAGGUACUUGUAUGAUUUCUCAUGGGGUUCCACAGGGCUCCAUAUUGGGUCCACUUUUUUUUUUUUUUUUUCCAGACAUGCUUUUACUGAAGUAAAAUACAAGAAAAAAAUUAACUAUUUUCAAGACACAGUGAAUUGAAUUACAAUUAAAUUUCCCGUUGAAUACUUAUACUGAAGAUGGUUAUUGACAUGUCAUGCCAAGUGAGUGGCAUGUUAAUUGGCCAGCAGUUUGCCACUACCAUGUUUUCGUCCCACCCCAAUUUUUCCUAUAGGUCCCCACUAUGUUAUUUGUCGACACAUUUUAUUUUCAAUGUUAGGGCAUCAUAGUGAGUGAAAAUAAAGGGAUGUGUAUUUUCUUUUUGUUAUUUUUGGUCCCUUUAUGACGAGAAAAUAGUAAUUUAGCGGUAGUCUGUUAGCCUAGCGACUGUAACCCAUCAGGAUAAUCAAUAGCAGAUGAAACAUGUUCCUGUUUUAGAUCAUAAUAGGCAGGUCAAAGCCUGUGCCAGUCAAGAGUAUGCAGGUAAAAGAUAGCUCCACAAGUAUUUCCCCAGGGUUUGUUUGAUAUGCUAAUGGUGCGUGCUGCCAAUCUACAAAUGGCGCUGCAUGCCAUCGGCUACUAUUUGAUGUUGGGGCUGCUGGCUAACAGAGCCAAACUCAUCAUAAGCUGCUGUUUUCCAGAUUUUUGUGGUUCCCUUGCAAAAAUGAUAUAAAUAUGUUAAUUCUCUACUCCCUUGACUUGUCUAAUGAUUGUUCAGCUACAUCGUUAGCCCCAGUAAUUAGUGAUAUGGCUCAGGUUUGUGCAGCUUGUGGCCUGGUUCUAUUGAAACUUUGUGAGGUCUUGUGAGAAAACUUCAAGUUGUGUUGAUUUUAGCCUCUCCUAUGGACAAAACAGGACAGUAGAUCUUCUCAGAUUUUGUCUCAUACAAGUUAAUGCAGUUUUUUAUUUUUAAAGAAAAUGUUCAUCUUGAUUUGUUUUAAAUGCAAAACAUAAUGGUUUUGUGGCAUAGAAAAUGUUAAAUAUGAAGUCUGUGUCUGUGUGCUGCAAAUAACCAGAUUUGACAACUAACCUGCAGCAAUGCUAACAGGCUUACAGAAAAAGUAUUAAAGAAUCAGUUUUGUUGCUGAUGGUCUGGUUUGAGUCUGUAGCUGGGAAAAGCUUUUCAACACAACGUGAAAUCUGCUUUAUAAACUGCACGUAACUCCACACAAGAGCUUUAAGGUUUUAGUUCUUACAGAAACUAUGAACCCUGGUUUAGUUGGAUUUCUGUUAUCCCCUAUUUCUCUAUUUUUAUCCUUGUGUUUAAUGUCUACAGAUUGGUUUAAACCCUUGAAGCUGCACUCAGUGUAUGCAGUAUGGUUGUGUGCAUGUUUGCAGCUAACUCUAACUAAGACGAGAACACUUAAACUGAAUCUAAAUCACAAAUAUUACUGCUUUUGAUCCAAUUUACUUUGUGUUUUGAAAUAUCAGAAUGUGUCAGUCAGAAAUAUUCGUCCUUAUCAUAGUUGAUGUAUAGCUGCCUGACUGCCAAAUAUAGCCUGCAUCUUUUCGUUGUGCAAUAAGUCAAUGUGUGAUGUGUUUGCUCUCACAGCAACAACCUUUAUAGACAUGAUGAACAGUUUCAAGUCACACAGUUGGCCCCCUGUGUUGUUCCUGAAUUUGAAUGUUACUGUGGCUAUAUGCUGAUAUGCAAAUCAGGUUUAGCCAGUGGCAGUACAGACGCCUCUGUCUGGACACAGUCAGUCUCCAGAGGUCAUUUUGCAUGUUGACCUCCGUCUGUUGGAUCCUUCUGACCUUCUUCCUCCUGCAACACGGCCUUUAAAAAGCCUGAAGAAUGUGCACACGGCGGCUAUAACAUGCAACGCACUCAUCGACUAUAUUUGGUGUCCAACAUGAAUCCUAUAUUUACACCUGUGUAUGUUCACGGUGUCACAUGUCCGUGAAAUUGACUCUGCUGCUCCAGGGAGGGGUGGAGGUGGGUGUGACACCUUCACAUGGCUUCAUGUGAUGUUUGAGAACUGGGGCGGCUGCUUGAUGGUAUUUCAUCCUGCUGAUUCAGAAACACCAAAGCCUGAUUAUUAUGAAGAAUGAGCUACCAAAUGUACCUCUACCUCUGUAAAAUCUAUGUUUAAUGGUUCUUUCCUCAAUGUUAAAGCACUAAAGCCUUAUGGUACAUAUUUGUGUCUCCAUCAAAUGUUCCCAAUGUUCCCGACCCUGUUUGGAUGAUAUUGAGCCUGUGGAGGAGAUCCCUAGAGUGCACUACUGGACCGUUAGGUCGUGCUUUUGUUGCCUGUCUGGCUACAGACUUAUGUAAUGACUCUGACGCCCUUUGACCUUCUGUGGAGUGAUCUGCUGACUAAAUCUGAACAUGUUGGUGGUCAGCUGGACAUCUUGGAGACACAUGACAGACAUUUUAAAACCAAGUGUUGACAGAAAAUCAGCGAGGAGAUAUGUCUGUGGCUCUGGUUUCAGCAUUUGAAGACUGGUUCUUUCUCACAUUUGAUUGUUAGAUAGUUUCCUGUUUUUACGAGUAAAUAGAUGGUUAUCUGAUUGGAAGUACUCAUCAAACUACAGGAAACCCCUGAACACAAAGAAGGUUAGCACAAACAUAAACAUUAUUAAUUUAAUGGAGAUACAUAAUGCCGGUAAAUCCUUUAGCAACAGUGUCGAAAUAAUCUCCUGUAUGUACUGAACAGAAAUGUGACGCUGGUCUGAACUGCAUACAGACAGACCCUUGCUCUUCUGUUUGCUGUUUAUGCUCACAAAUCAUGUGGCAGAAUGAUACCGAGCAGCUCAAACUCUUCAGUCACACCCUUCACUUCCACUGAUAACAUACUGUCUGUAUGUUACAGCGGCUUCAUGGUGUGUUUUUUCUGUUUUCUCGGUGAAAUGCUCCACAUAAAGGAGGUCGCUGUCUGUGGAGCUGAAACACAGGAAGGCUUGUUCCUGCACUCAUCUGAUGUGACUGACAGAUGUGGGAGUUAGACUGUAUGCUGGUUUUCUCAAAGCGUGAAGGAGUUGAAGAGGUAUUCACAGCUUAAACUUCAAGAAGAAGUGCAGAUAAAUCGUUCAAAAUACUUUGAGUAAGUUCUGUUGUCAAAAUGUUACCACUGCAAUUGUAAACAUCCAGUGUAACCCUUAGCCCUUAGCAGUGUUUUGCUCUCAGAAAGAUGCUAUAAACUGGCACCUGUUCGCUUUAGCCUCAGUGCGUUGGUGAGGUGUAAUGAACCUGGGUAUUCACACUGGCUUUAACCUUGGUCUGUUGGCACAAUAUCGUGUGGCAUCUGUCAGCUUAAGCCCAAAUCUGUUAGCAUGUGAUCCAAACCUGGCACCUGUUCGCCUUAGCUUGAGUCAGUUAGCAUGAUAUCGUGAUGAUACAGCUGUUGUUUUUAGCCUCGGCUUUAAUUUUUAGCGUGAUAAUUUGAUUUUGAAUGCAGGCUGCGGUCUGUUAGUAUGUUAUCAUGAACUUGGACCUGUCAGCCUCAGUCCCUCAGCAUGAUAUCACAUUCAGAGACGUGCUGUUUACAUACAGAUAGUAAAGCUUUAAAGUGAUAUUAUCCAACAUAGAAUAUUUAUCGGUGAUCAACACCUGGGACCUGUUAGGUCUGGCUUUCUCUCCCAAGAAGACCACAUGAUGUACUCGUUGUUAGCUUGCGCCUCAGUUUGUUGUCAUGAUAUUUUAAGCUAGGAUCUGUUUGGCUUCAGUGUUUCUGCCCUGUGAAUCACGUACAGGAAGUGGAUAAUUAAAGACUCUGUUUAUUUCAACCAACUGCUUAAGCUAAAGUCUGUUAGUGCAUUGUCAAAACCUGUGAUCGUUAAAUGCUAGACUCGGUCAGUUAAUCUGGGAUCUGAAAGCUUUGGUUACAGUUUGUUAACACUGUAUCAUGACUUUGUACCUGUUAGCAUUAGCCUUGGCGCAUCAGACUGGUGUCAUUUACUGGGGCUUGUUAGCCUAAGCGAACUGUUAGCAUGAAAACUGUGACGUGCAUAUUUAAGGUUAUUCUAUAGAACUAAACAGGUUUUGUGGAGUUAUCAGAGAAAUAAAAAGUCCCAGAGAACACGCUAAUUAGCACAUGGCUAAGGUUAGCUUAAAGCUAGCUCAGGUUGUUAUCUUUUGAUUAAUCAGAAACCGUUUUAAUUCUAAUUUUGGUAAUUUUUCAUGCAAAGACGUUGCGUUAAUUACAUUUUCAGGUAUAUUUUACUGUUUUUUUUUUUGCAAAAACAUUAAAUGGAGUGUUUUUACAGUGUAGUCAAAGAACUUUUUUUUUUUAACUCUGCACUUUUCUUGAAUAAAACUUUAAUAAAAACAAAGUUUCUGCACUCAGGCUGCUUUCUAGCCCAGCACCUUGCAGUGGUAGCUUCCUGUUUAUAGAUAUACAUUCCUGCAGACACUCCAUGUAUCACUGUCGUCAGAGCAGGAGCCGAUCUGCCUCCCUGACAUUUAUGUGCUUAGCAUGUUGUUCCGUUCCCUCUUCUUAAGUUACAGCUGCGUCGGCUCCACCUUCAUCCACCGUGUCGCCUAAAAUGGCAACGGGACAUACAGCUGCAUGGUAACCAGAAUGAAUGCAUGAAAAAGCUGCAGGUUUUUGGAGGUAGAGGAGUGAAGGGAUGCUUUUUAAUGCAUCAAAUGAAAAAAUAUAAGUUUUGUUUGAAAUUAGAGAAGUGGGGGAAGUUAGCUCCAAUUUUGCAAAAAAGUGUAGCUAAGUUUAGUAUACUUGACUAAUUUAAACAGCCUAACAUUUCAUGUCAGCCUCAUUUUUGAAAAAUCACUGCCUUCUUGCUUGUGGCGAUGCAGCUGUCCAUAUUUGGAGAUGUGAGUGUGCACACAUUAGAGCAAUUUGAAGAGGGAAAGAGCAGCUGUCUCUGCUCUGUACAGAGGUGGAGUUAGUCUGCUUUAGUUUGGAUGUUUUUUUCAUAAUAUGGACCUUCACAGGGCCAGUUCAAAAAAUCCCUCAGCCAAAACCCUUCCCAUAACCUUGCUUUUCCUGAAACAUAACAUUAUUUAACCAAAUUACCAGAGCUGAAAAACUUAAAUACUUGAUGAAAGUUCAAUCACAGUUUUAAAAAAAAAGUUGUGAUGCUGUGUAAAAUGGUGAUAAAACAGAUUUUGAUGGUAUAAUUCAAUCAUUUAAAGCCUAUAUUUGAUUGAAAGUGGUGCAAAAACAACAUAUCAAAUGUUAAAAUCAAAUGUAUCUCUGAGUCUCCAUAAGGUAAAAAAUGGGAAGAGGUGACAGUGAGAAAAUAGUUCAACAAACCAGCACAAAAUUGCUAAGAGUUUGUGGAUUUCAUCAUCUACAGACCAUAAUAUUGUUGAAAGAUUCAGAGAGCCUGAAAAGUCUCUGUACAAAAGGGAGAAGGUCAGUAGUCAAUAUUGGGUUGCUAUGAUCCAGGUCCUAAGGUAGCACUGCAUCAAAAACAGACAUAGCAUGGUAGUGGAAUUCACUGCAUGAGCUCAAAAUCAAACAUGAUACAGAGACAAUGGCCACUGCCCCGGGCCUGAGUCCAUUUAAGAUGGAAUGAGGAAAAGCAGAACAUUUUUUUAGUUUUCUGACAAAUGAAGUUUUGACAUUCUUUUUGGAAAUCAUUAGUGUCUUUGGUGUGGGUAUCUCACACAUCUGUGAAGGCUUCGUUAAUGCUAAACAGUGUAUACAAGUUUUGGAACAACAUAUGCUGCCAUCCAGACAAUGACGUUUUCAGGGAAGACCAUAUUUCAUACUACAUUCUGUAGGAAUUACAACAGCAUGGCUCGGUAGUAGAAGAGUCCUGCUGCUAAACUGGCCUGUCUGCAGUCCUGACUUGUAACCCAGUGAAAACAUGAACUUCUUUGGAGAUGAGUUAACUCAAUUAUGUGGCAAAGAUAAGAAACCAGAGAUUAAAACCAUAGUUUUGUUUUCCAUCACACCCACUAAAUGGAUCCUGUAAAUAUGAGUCAUCCAGUGGAUGUGGUCAGGAUGCCAUGCACAAACUCCUCAUGGGUUCGGCUUGCACCAGACUGUGAACAGCACCAGAGCUGCCUUAUCAUUACACAUACCUCUCUUGGUAUUUUCCCCACCAAGCCCGGCCCAGCUCCUGUGCCCCCCUCACUUACCCCAGAAGCCAAGCCUGGCAUGAUCUCGUCUGGUUAUGUUUGAUCUGAUGUGCUCAAGGCUUUUGGCAGGGCAUCAAAUCCGGGAGAAAACAAUGGCUUCAUGUCAUAACAUGGAAGCUAAUUGGUCCUCUAUGGUGAGAAUUUGGCACCCUCAGUGCCACCACUGCUGCCACACCCGGUCCUGAGUGUUAACAUUGGCUCAGUGAGGGAAAACUGUGGUAUUUAUUAGUGUAGUCAGGACACUAUGAAGAGUCAGGCAGCAGCUUUUACAAGAGUAACAGUCUUAAAGAGGAACCAAACGACACUGAGUGGCUGCUUUGUUUGAUCAGGACAGCUGAAAGGACAGAGAUCUUUCAAAAUUUAACUGCAUUCACAAUGAUGUUAAAGUAAACUUCCUAGAGGCUUAAGUGACACCUCUUCCUUUGUCUAAUAAGUGUUAAAAAGUCCCCAAAUCUCAACAUUUACAGCCAUAAAAGACAAGGCAAAACCAGCAGAUAUUCACAUAUGAGAAGUGGGAACAAGGGGGUAUUUGACUUCCACGGCUCAUUGGUGGGUAGGGUACAGCCUGCAUGACAUUAUUCGGUACAACUUGAAGGGGCCGACUGGUACUGAUUUUUCAGGGCCGAUACCAAUGCAGAUAGUUGGCUAUUAAUGUGACCUCUCAGAUGGAGAGACACAUGUCAGCAGGGUGAAAGUCGCACACAAUAAUCCCAACAAUAGUAAGCCAAAAGGAAACAUGACUUAUUUGUGCAUAAGUGAGAAAUAAAAAGGGAUUUUCAUAUUUAAAUUUGCUUGAAAUCUGGAUGUAUUUGACCUAAUUUUAACCAUUUUUUAUCUGACAAAAAUAUGAUUAUAACAUUAUCAAAAAUUUAUAAAUGUCAGCUGUGAUUUUGUGACAGUAACAAAUGAUUGCGGUGUAGUGAAAGCUUACAAAUCCACUAAUAAUGUGUGUAUCUGUGUACUUCUCUUGGUAUCAGAAAUCAUUUUGAGAAAGAAGGAUGCUGUCAGAAGUGAAUAAAAAUCAGCCCAGAGAUGUUGCUGAUGAAACGUCUACAAAGGUUGCAGGAAAUGUCAGCACACAAACAGGUCAGAAAUUGAAAAAAAACAGCUCCUAGCAUGUGUUUUAUCUGAAAAUAACACUGAACAGAUGUGGAGGUGCUUCAAGUUCACCUGCAUCAGAGUGUGUGAGAUUGCCAGAGCAGCUUUUGGGCCAAAGCAGACAGUCCUGCAGACGUUUUCCCUGCAGAGAACAGAGUGGAAGUGUCUCGUUGUCUCUCCCGUUUAUGGAGGCGGCGUCACAGAACUGAAGUAGAGACGAGGCCGAGAGCUGAAGGGGAACAAUGUGUCUGUGUUUAGACAGAGACACAGGGCAGGGAUGGAGGCUCACGGCCACAACAACUGUCUAUUCCAGCCUAGAUAGCUCCCCACCCUCUCCCCUCACCCUCCUUACUGUGCUGCAUAGAAGAUAGUAUUGGUAUUAUUUGUAAAGACGGGACCCUGCAUUAAGAGUGAAGAGAAGUUGUCUCUUUUAUAUCUGAAACAAAAGGAGAAACACUUUGCCCUUUCCUCCCUCCUUCCUCCUCUGGACCCACAGCUCGCUGGCCUCACAUGGGCAGCCUCGGGCUCCCUCCCCAACUGAAGCCGCUUCCUCUUUAGUGUCUGCUCAGGUUGUUCGCUAAACGCCACACUUGCCAGGAGAUCUAAUGCCCGUCCUCUGUGCCCUGUUACAGAGCUAAAAUGGCUUUUAAGAGAGAAGUACUCAGGCUAAUGUUACAGAUAUAUUUAUCAGGAAACACUCUGAGAGGCCAUGAAGGCCCGGAUGGCUCAGACUAAUCCAGAGCUCACUUUCCUAAAUGCCUCACAGCCGCUUAUAAUCACAUUUCACAUCUUUUUCUUCAACAGUUCAGUUGAUCUUCAAAAUUAUCUUUAUUAUCGUUUCAUAUAUUUGAUUCAGUAAAAUUUUAUCUUGAUUAAGCAAUGCAUUACCAUAACUGAAAGUCAUUUUAUCCUGAUCCGGUUUCCAUUAUCUUGAUGUAGUGAGGUAUCUUGAUUCAGCGACUUUUCAUCAUCAUCAUAUUGAGUGAAUGAUUUUAAUCCUGCUUUAGUAGAUUCAAAGCCACCCUGAUUUAGUUUUCAUGGAUCUUGUUUUAGGGUCUCAUAAUAGUUCACAACCGACUAAUAAACUGGAGUGAGGAUUUGAUUUUCUAGACUAAAACUCAAACAAAGUAACGUCUCACUUUGUUGUAUUGUUGAUCUAUCCUCACGAUGAUGAUGUGAUAGACUUUAAUCUUGGUGAAGUAUCUUGGUUAAAUUAAGAAAUGGAAACUUUUGAUCCAUCUUUAGUAUUUUGAUCCUGAUCACUUCAAAAUCUUAGGUUGUAACCCAUAACUUUUGAUCAACUUUACAAUCCUGAUCUUGAUAAUCUUGAUUCAGUAUUUUAAUUCUUAUGGUUGAGUUUUUUUUAUAUUUUUUACAGUUUUAAACAUUAUCUUGACUUUAUAUUGACAUGAUCUUGUGGUAGUGAUGUAAAAAUCUAAAUUUUCAAUUCAGUCUUUUAUAAUGCUAGUUUUAUACUUAACUGUCUAAAUCUGGUAUCAAUCUUACAAUCUUGAUUUACAUGAUAUUAACAACAUAAUCUAAUAUCCAAAGAUGUUUUGACAGUUGUAGUCCUCUAUGAGCCUUGUGUUAUUAAUUAUUCCAUUAUGUGUCCAACAAUGUUUCUUUUGUCCUGGUCAGCAAUGGGUUCACAUCAUUUCCUCUCGUGUUUCACGGUUGAUUCGUUCUUCCAAUGAAAAAUAUAACAAUGAUCGCCUGAAACAGAAACCCUGCUUGCAAUGAUCUCAUUAAUGACUUACCCAUCCUGCAUAUUUGACCAAUUUAGGACAGCAGCACUCCGGGCUUCAGACUCCCCAAAGAAUACAGUUAAUCAUCCUGCUGAGUCAUGAAAUGAUUUAAUGAGUCUGCAUUUAGCAUCAUGUCCCAGAACACUUCAUUUUGGUGAGUCGGCCCUUUGGUGUUCAGAUUAUUUUGGCGAGUCAUUGCUCAGGAAUUCAGAGGCAGAGGAAAGGUCUGAUGUUUAGAUCGUUUAUUAAACAGACGCUCAUUCCAGUUUGAGGGUGUGGGAAGGGGCUGCUGUGAGAUUAAGAGAGCAGGCUGACAGCAGGGGGCCAGCUCGAGUAGUUUAAUACAGUCAGACCUGAUUCAUUUCACUGUCCACCCCCCCUGGUGCCACCAGUUGUCACUGUAGUGAGUCAUUAGUGGCAGGACUGUGUCUGCUUUAGCUUUGACUGUAUAACACAGAGACACUGCAGCCUUUGUUUGGAGACAUUUCCUCUUCUGCUCUUUUCUUUUACUUCUAGUAUGAAAUUUGGACAUUAUGGUUGUUUUUUUUUUUAAUAGAAAGAUCAUAAUUUCAUCUCUGGGCAGCUGCUAACAUUAUAGGCACAAGGGACACUUGUAGCCUUUUCAGAAGUGCUAACACUAUUUGAUCAUCAUCAUUUAAAUGUAUCUUGUCAGCAAAUUAGUCAUCUUGUGCCUGUCAAGAGGGUUUGAAGUUGAAAGGUAGCUUGGCGCUAACUCUAAGUUUACGUGACUUUGAAGCUAUUAAGUUUUUAUUGGAAAUAUGAGUUAGCUGCAAGAUAUGACAAAGCAAACUCUUAUUUUGAAGGACAAAGACACUGUCCAAAAGCUAAAACAGGAAAUUAAUAAAGGCUUAAGGCACCUAGAGGCUAAUCGCAAUAAUUGAGAAGCUACCUCUAUGCUAAAAGGAUCUGCUAUCAAACAAAGCUAAAGAAAACCACAAGCUAAUGUCAAGCUAAAGGGACCAAUACGCCAAAAGGUCAUCAAAAAUUAUCUAUGUAGGAGUUAACUAUAGGCUAAAAGAACCUUCAUAGCUACCUCCAAAAUAAAAGGCUACACAAGCUAACCAAAUGCUAAAAUUAUCCACAAGCUAAGUCUAUUUCAAAUAGAUCUAAAAGCUACCUCUACAUGGACCAGCUAGCAGCUUAGUCUAAACCAAGGACCUAGAUCUAGAAGUCAACAGGACCCUAACCAGCUAACUUAAAGCUAAAGGGAACUGGGUGCAAACUCAAGGCAAAAAAUUACACGGGAGCUCAUUUUAAGCAUAAGGGACGUCGUUGCUAGCUUUUAGACAAAAAAAGGCUAACUAAGCUAACUUACAGCUAAAGGUACUCAGAAGAGGAUGAUAUCUCUUAAAGUUAAUUGAGCUAGGUAGUCAUUUAAGCUUGAUCUAAACAUAAGGGAUGUUUGUAACUAACUCUAAAAUAUUAAUAGAUAACUCUUACGCUAAACUAAAGGGAACUAGAAGCUAACCUUGAGCAAAAUCCACUUUUUUAUUAAUAUUUGGGCAAAAAAAUAUGCUAAGUCAUGACAAGCAAAUUCAACAGGAGCUUAAGACUAAACCUUGUCUCUGAUACCACUAGUGCACUAAAAGCUAAUUAAUGUUAUGUAAACCAUGUGGGGAAAACUUUUUGGAAUAACUCUCUUUUUUGUUUUUUUUAAUUUAACUGAAGUUCCUUGAAAUGUUUAGCAAACAAAAACUAAAAGCUUGCUCCAAGCUAACAAGCUUUUUGUAAGUACCUUUUGUUAUUUAAUCAUCGUCUAGCAAAGUAAAUAAAAAGACCAAACACACCGGGAUAUAUUAUACAUACAACAUGGUCAAAUAUUAACCAGUUAAACAAGGUAUUAUUCUGUUUUAUUUUUUUUCCCCAGAUGUUUCAAAGUACAUACAACAUUUGCUUCUGUUCUAGCUUGUAACACUUUUAGUAAAGAAAAAGUUGUGCCUCUGGUUUUGAAUGUUACCAUAUUUAUUUGUUGUGACCGCAAAGAGGCUUGACUAGAAAUCCAACCUGCCUCUCGAGUGUCGAUGAGUGCAAACUCAGCACUUUACAAAAGACACAGACAGGUGCAUUAGUACAGACGAGCAGGGAGGUCACUCAUUGACAACUACAUAUAUAGUCUAUAUUUAUAUACGUGUGUGAGCUGUCAGGUGUCAGGGGGAGGACAGGUUGGCAUCCACUGAAGUGGGUUUCAUUUGUCCUGGUGUCAGUGGCAGGCGGUGGCUGAUCCUCAACAAGGAGCUGUAACUGACAGUGAUCACUUCAACAUGAGCUUUACCUUCAACAGGAACACCCACUAUAAAGAAAGUUUACUGUUAAAAAUAUACUGUUGUUCUAUUUUUAGAUUUAUUCUAUAUUUGAUCAAGAUGGUGGAGUGUUCGGUUGAUGCACGGGGCUGAACUUCAUUUAACAUGCAACAAAAAUCAGUCAAAUUAAAAGUUUGGAAAUAUGAAAAGGGGAAAUCCUAAAUAUGAAGAUAUAAGCUUAUAGUAAUAAUGACUUAAAGGCUGUCAGAUGAUACAUUAACUAAAACUGAAACAUUAUUAGAUCCAUGAAUGAAAUAAUGCUGCUAGGAAGUGCAAAAAAACUGUGUACCUGGACUCACCACAAGAGGCUGUCUCCAAAAAUCAGUCAUCCCUCAUUAGAACCCAUGUUAAAAUGCCUAACUUAACUGCUAGAUUAAACAUAUUUACUGCUGUAAUCAAAGAAAAGAAACACCUUUUAGUCUUUAUCUCCCAUUUUUCUAUUUCUGACAGCUGUACUGAGGUUGAAUUAUUGUAACCAUUAUUGUACGUUAUUGUAACGUGGGUGAAGUGCUUUAAUACCUUUUUGUCAUACAAAAAUAAGCUACAUGCUAUAGCUGAGAAAAUUAUCAGACUUUAAUUGCAUAAGAAAUGUGGUUUCCCAUAAUUACAAAAAUAUGAUAGUUUAAAUAGAAUGGUAAUUUUGUCCCUGCUGUGUUGCUCCUGUUAUGUCCUAUACAUCGAAUGAAACGUACCCUCCCACCCAUCACAGGCUUGCAUGAGCGUAAAUGAGCUGACGGCUGUCAGGCUUAAAAGUGAGAUAAUAAGGCAAAAGCUCUCCAAGUGAUGCAUGUUCUAGUGAUGCAUGUUCUAGUCUAGUAUGACAUAAAAAAAAGUUUUGGUCACUUAGACAUGCUACACAAAAAAAAGGUUCAAGAGGUUUGAAGUUCUUUAAAUGUGUGUGUGAUGCAGACGUCAAAUCAUGAGUAAUGAUUGUAAAUAACCGUGAAUUUAAUAUCAGUCAAAAUGAUUGUGAAAAAUUAUUUUCAUCAUACGGUUGUCUUUUAUCAGCUGAUAAUUUACUUUAAAACAGACUAUUUUCUAGGGGGCACAACGGUCAUAACAGAUGAAUGCAUGUCCUUGUCUUUACUUCACCAGAAAAGCCUCUUCAACAUUUGUUUACACCUAUUUUUGGACACGUUUGAGUCUCAAAGUCCUGCAGCCACAGCACAUCCAGUCUAGACAUUUUAUCAUGUAGACGCUGAUAAGACAAAAACAGCUGCUCUUGUCAGCAGACAAUAACUCUGAGCUUCAGUCUUAAAUUAACACAGUGUAACCUUUCUUCUUUCCAGGUUGCCCCAGAACCAGUCAAAGUACCAGAACCUGUCCCAGAACCAGUCAAAGUACCAGAACCUGUCCCAGAGCCAGUGAAAGUACCAGAACCUGUUCCAGAACCAGUCAAAGUACCAGAACCAGAGCCUGUACCAGAACCAGUUGCAGCCCCAGAAGUAGUUGCAGUACCAGAACCUGUCCCAGAGCCAGUAUCAGAACCUGAACCUGUCCCAGAACCUGAAGUUAUUGCAGAGCCUGAACCAGAGCCCGUGGUGGAGGCUGAACCCGAACCCGAGCCGAUCCCCAUUGUAGACCAUCUGGAGGCCCCUGAGACUGUCGCAGAGGCAAUGCUUGAGCCAGAACCAGAGACCGUCCUGAACAAUGGUGAGAUUGAAAAGAAAUACUGGUGCAGCUCUGAGUUUAUCACUAACCAAGACAGUCUCCAUAUCAUGUUGAAAUCCAGGUUUUUACAGUCCCUCCACAGUGCACCGAGUACUUACAGCCAUCAUUACAUAUAUAUAUACACACACAUAUAUAUAUGUAUAACAGAGGCUUAUGUUGUCGGCUGUAAAUCUAAUCUUUGAAUAGAAAGAGUUUCUGAAGCAUGCAGGUCUGAGCGACUGUGUCCGGCAGAUAAGUUACUUCCAGGAAAAGCCAACAGAGUGAAGCUGUCAGGCUGCUUUUAUUGCAUCAGACAGAAAGGAGGAUGAUUUUAUGGAUGAAGGCUUAAAAUCAUCACAGUUACAUAAAAAUAAUAAACAUCCUGAUUCCAGCCAGCGGAAAAUCCUCCAUUCACGAGAUUAACCACUGCUCAGUCCAAUUCAAUUCACGUAACUUUAUUAAUCCUUCUACAUACGGCCGGUUUGAGCAGACACAAAGACGUAGAGACGACGCCAAAGUACACAUGGGAGGUAAACGUAAAGCCUAAAAUCAGUUCUGAUAUUAAGCAGAGUGUGUUUGCUUUCACUUUGAUUGGCAGAGCUGUAUUUGUCUCAGAAAAAAGAACAUUACAGCACUGAGUUGAAUAAAGCUGCUUUUAUUUUCUCAACCAGGAAAUGUAACCUCCUGUCUCCCUGAAACGUGCCCACAGUGUGAGCUCAGUAUCAGUGGGUUAAACUUGCGUGUAUAGAUGUUUAGUAGCCAUCUGCCUCAGCAGGAUGAUACUUAAUCUUUAACAGUCACUUAAGCACUUGGCAGCUCUGAACAACAGCCGCCAUCAACACUGACAAUCUGCUUUGUGUCUGCGCAACCUGUGACACAGCAGGUGGAGCAACAGGUGUGUGUGUGUGAGUGUGGGUGUUACUCACUGGUUAUCUAUGCUAUUCAACCACCAGCUCUGCUUAGCCUCAUAGAGAAACACCAAAUCAUCCAAAUGUGUCGGGUUUCUGGCCUCCUUCAUAAAAAAGCCAGUCAUUUGUGAUUUUAGUGCAUCAAUUAUAGCACUGUUGUAAAUUAUGAGUGAAUGUGUCAGACUCAAAGACUCAAAUCAGACUGAGAAGAUGAAAUAAAACUCAGUCAAAAAUGCAACUUCUCCAGGAUUGUAAUGUUGUCCUGCUUAAGGCGUUUCUAGACCUUUGAGCCACUUCACUUUGGGUACCCCCCAUAGGUGUUAAGGGGAUUCCCUUUUCGUUUCAGCCAGCCUCUAGUGGUCACAAAAGGAACUGCACCUGCCCAUAGGCAAAGGCCUCAACUUUGAAAACUGCAGGUAGCUUAGAAAGUGAUAAACAUUGUUAUAAGCUGUUUUGAAUGCUUAUAAACAUCCAUAAGAACUGUUAUAAAGCUUAUGAAUGUAUUUAUAAGGCACUCUAAAUGUGUGUAUGAGGCAUUGUAAGAGGAGGGUUCAUGUGGAGUGUUACCAAAACUUUAUCCUGAUCAACUUGUGGGAGACUAAUGUAAGUGUCAUGGGGGGUUGUGCAUGCGCUAUGUGGUUUCACUGGUGCUUAUCACACCCCAACUCCCUGUAGAUCUUCUUUAAGCCAGUACGAGCGUCACCUUUUUACCGUCUUUCUGGGACAGAGGUUGAAGUUCAGCUACUAAGCACUCCGAUCUGUCUGUUUUCUCUCUACUGCUUUAUGCAGGGGCAUGUCCAGACUUUCUAACUGGGGUGAUACAACUGGGAGACUGUCAUAGUUAGGGUGGCUGGGGGAGACUGUCUCUGUCCUCUGUCAUAUAAUAAUAUUCUUCUAGAUCUAUAAUAAUUACCUGAUUUUACUGGAUUUUAAUUGAUAUUGAUGUAUUUUAUUGUAUAUUGAUGUAUGUUUUUAUUCAUGUACAGCGUCACUAAAUUCCUGUGGAUAAUUCUCGUAUAAUAAUAUGUCAUAAGUAACUAUGCACUAGCCUUUGGAUACAUAUUUGUUGCCUUGAAUGUUUACGUCUGUUUUUUUAACCUCAGUGCUCACUGUCCUGUGUCUGUCUGUGUCCUAUCAGACGUGGCUGCAGCUGAAGAUAAGGUGAAGUUCACUCCAGGGAAGAAACAGAGUAAGUUCGAGACGCUGAUGACCAAGGAGGAGAUCGAGGAGGAGCAGAGGUGAGUUCAAACUCUCACUACAACUCUCGGUUGAGUUAUGCGCAUGCUGAAACAAACCCACAAGCACUUCUGCUCGCUGAUGUUUCGUCCAAACUUUACCUGCAUGAAUUUAAAGCCAUCUGGUCUGAGAUGCUUAUCUUGCAAUUUAGGAGGUGGAGGGGCUUCUGUUCUGUUUAUGAAGGCAUGCACGUCUCUAACUUGUGGAAGAAGAUGUGAACUUGUUGAGGAAAAAUAGUUCACAUUUUUUCUUCAGGGUGUGAUUUCCUACUUAUUUGUCACCCUAAAGCUGAGUUGAACCAGCGAGCACGAGCUGGAAAAGUUUUCUUUUGCACCAAUCAUCCAGUUUGUUUUCUCCUCCUGGUCAUUUGCAUUUAGAUUAGAGUGGUGAUAGACUGUCAGAACUAGAUCAGAUCUAGAAGAAAACACUCUCAGCAAAAUCAAUGAGAUAUUUGAUUUAAAAAAAAAGGAGGGUUGUAAAGUAAUGAAGCUGACAUUACCCAGUAAAACACAUUUUGAUUAUAGGAUUACAAUUAUUUAUGCAUUUAUGGGUCAAUGACGUUAAUGUUGCAUAUCAUUAGGUUUUAGCUCUAAAAUAAUGAAAGUACAGAUGUGCUUUAGGGAAACUGUUCAAGGUACUCAAAAGUCUUUAUUUCAGGCAGAUAAUAAUUAAUUGAUUAAGAUUAAUUUACCAUGUUAAUUUGAUUUAAAAAUACACAACUUUUCUGUAUCACUUAGUUUUGCAGAAUCAGAUAUUCUCUUCUCAUAGAAAGCUGUAUGAACAUUUACUACUGUACAAAACAUGUGUACAUCAUUUAGUCUAUCUUCAUCUUCAUCGCUGGGACCCUAAUGUAGUUGAGCUUUUGAGAUUUUUUAAUUUUGUGUUUUUUUUUCUUUUCUAAGAUUAAUUGAUGUUUUUCUUGUCUUAGUUCUGAGUUUAUUUUUAGGUCCCAAACAAAGAGCAUCUUCUCGAUUCAUCCCUCUGCUCCACACUUCCUCAGCCCUGAAACUCAAAUGAAUAGAGAGAUGUGUUGUGUAAUCUCUGUUAUGGCCUCUGUCAGUCAGAGGAAAGAAGGCGAGGGAGGAGGAAAAAGUACAUUCUUCAGUUUAGUACACUUUUAGCUCUGCAGUUUCUUUUUUUUUUCUUCUCAGCGAAGGGAGUGAACGUCUGCAGCUCUCCUGAUUGGACGCUCACUUUUUUUAAGCUCUUAAAAUGUUUCCAUGGCUUGGCAGCGCUGCUUUAUUGAGUUUUUAAGAGACACAGAGGAGGGAAAGCAUCUUUGUUUCCUCCUCGUCUUAGUCAGAGUUGCAUCUCCGGGCUAAAUCACAUCAUAGAGGAAUAAACAUUUCUGCAGCACAGGGAGACUUCCAUGUUGAACCUCUUCCAAAGUCCUCAUUCCAUCUCCCCUCACUCAGUUUCUAUAAACUGCGAGCUCAGCGCAUGAGAACACUUCCUGUGCCCAUCCCAGCGGUGAUGUUUUCCUUUCUCCUGGUUGUUACUCAGUUAAACACCUACCCCGCCUUAAACACAGACUGGGUAUAAAACCUCAGAAAUGUGGCCACAGCUACCAAACACAUUAAGUUUUAGAAGUUGGCAUCGACAGUUUGAUCAGAGUUUUCAGAGCAGGUUACAACAGGAGCGUGUGGAGCAGCUAAAACACGGCCAGAUGUUUUUAGGUGACGGUUCCAGCAACUGAUCGCUUAGAUUGUAAUGAAACCGACUCUAAAGGCUGAAACAUCUGAAAGUAUUCAGCGUCAUUCAGUGAAUCUACUGCUAAUAUCCUGCGUGUCAAAGAGCUCCCAAUAAAAUUUCAUAACGCCAUCUUCUUAUUUGCACAUAAGGCCACCACCACAAAGCAUCAUGGUUUCAGCUGGAGACUUAACAGGCAAAUUAAAAUAAAUGUAAAUACUGCAUCAUAAAAUCAAAAAUGGCACCAAGAAUAGAAAGCAGGAAGAGGGUGGGAAGUGUACCAAGUGUAGAAGUUGGGAAGACAAAGGAGUACAGUAAGAAUUAUUGCAUAUUAGAGAAAAAAAUGUGUGAUAGGCAGUGAUGAAUACUCUUUGGAUUCUCUCAUUUGUGUCAGAACAUGAUCCAUUUUUAUAUUACAGUAUAAUUCUUGUAUCAAUAACAGAAAUGACACCCUCCCAGUUUACUUUUUGGAAGUCCUCUCCUCCAUUUUGUUCCAGGCAUCUAGGCAUGACCCCAAAUUUUUUGUUUAUUCCUUUAGUUAUAGUUUCGUUUUGCAACAACAACCGCAGAUGUUUGCUGAUUGGUUCGAGGUUGUUUGUGUGUUUCCUCUCAGCAGGAUGUCUGACUGGCUCCAACUUUAUCUUUUCAGGAUAGAGCUUACAUCUGAUUUUACUUCUCUAUAAUCAACCUGAGCAGACACACAGGGGGUUAGGAAGGACAUGGUAAGGUGAUACUUUUAUUCGAAUAACCUGAAAUAACUACACCCAAACCCUCAUCAACCCCACUCUCUUUAUGAGUACGGAUAGACUGAUAUGAUUUAUUUUUUGUCUCAUAAAGCCAUUACUCGCAUUCUAAAAAAUGGUGAAACUACUUAAAGAUUUUAAGACUUUUUUUGAUAUAUUUUCUUUAAACUUCUGGAUUUAGUGAUAAACAGCAUUACCAGUCGAGCAGCUGGCGAACAAGGGACUGCAUGUACCGACACCUGAAUCACUUGGUGAACGAAUCACGCAUUGAACUACACUCUCUGGAAUCAUUCUUAUCUGACAAAACUACCUUUUUUUAUACUGCUAAAUUGCCACCACAGCAACUUGCAUACAACAAACACAGUAUGUAACAAGUAGUACAUUAAACCUGCAACAUCCUAUCAAUGCAGCGGUCAGCUGUGUAUCAGUUCAGGAGGUCAGAGUUGCAGGCUUCUCCCGCUAAGCGCUACAUGAUUUGAUGAUUUGGUGAACAAAUCUUUUGAACGAAUCUUUUAAGUGAUCUGAUUCUAGUGAUUCAGUACAGUUAAAAGAACUGCCGUGCCCAUCUCUAGUACUGGUUGUGUUUGUAGACACAAAAAUCUACUUUCUCUAAAUAGUCGGAUAUAUCACUAAACUUAGAAUCUUCAACAUUAUUUGUUCCAUCUCAACUCUACUAUAGGGUAAAAAUUCAAGCUCAGUGUUUCCCACACAUAGACAACCAAGAUAUAUGUUUGGUCAUUCAGGUAUAAUGCUGAACAUUUUUAUUAUUAUUGAUUAUUUUUAUUCUGCAAUAGCUCGCUGCAUGUGACCAAUGAACCCGAUGAUCUCCAAAGCUUUCUGCCUCUUGCGUAAGAUAACCUGCAGCACCUGAUCCACACUCUGCAGGUCAUCUGAGAGAGAAAAAAGAGAGAGAUAGAGAUAGAGAGAGGUCCUACAGUCACAGUUACCAUUGAUUGAAGUGUGAUGUCUCAUGUUAACUAUGAACCCUCUCAUACUGCUGUUUUUAAAGUCAUGUGUGGCUGAAGUCACCAUAUUAGUUGAGCUCAUGGAGAAGCCUUAUCUACACUUGGACGCCUGUUAUGAUCGAGAAGAGCACUUCAAAACACAACUUGUGUUAUUUGGAUGUCUUUAUAAAACGUGCUACCUCUAAAUAUUGUCAAUAGAUCAGACGCAAGCGUAAAGUAUAAAAAAAGGAAAGCUGUCAGCAUUAUUUUAGGAUUUUGAUAACUAUAUUGACUUAAUAAUUCCUCAUUAUGACCUUGUUUUAGUUUGUCAGCUAUAAAGGAGCAUCAGUUAAUUUCAGUCUGUUUCUUAGCCUGUAAAAAAUCCUUCUCAUGACCUUUAAUCUGAAGAAUAUUGAUCAGAAUAAUCUUCAGGUUCGUAAUCUGAAUCAAUAUCAAAUCAGUCUGUCCGUGCUGAUAAACCUCCUCCCUCCCUGAGACGCCUUCACUGACCUCCUCCUCCUCCUCCAGUCCUCCUGAAUCACCCCCUGACUCUCCUGCUCUCCCGGUAAAUGGGCCACAUGGUUCAUCUGUUCCCACGGUGACAGCCAGCAGACUUUUAGUGUGUCACAGAACAGAUGGAGGCGGCCCUCAUCCUCUUAUUGUCCACCGCCCGUUGAACCCUCAGCUCACAGAAAACACACACCAGGAAUCACCAAACUAGAGUACGCUAACCUCCGCAACUGAAAGGCCCCUCUAGUGUAAACACACACACAUGCACACACGCACACACACUCACACAGAGGGGGACAAAAGAGGCCUAAGACGCUGGGGACCGAUGUGGGUCAUGUGUGUUCAGAGGGGAUAAGACGUCUAUACAGGAAACACAAAAGGUCCUAUAGGAACCUUCAGACGGCUUAGAGAGGAAACACAAAGGACACUUUCUCCAUCAAUGAAAACUGAUGCUGGGUUAAGAUACCAAAUCAGUCUAUUAAAGGACAUACAGAGAUGCACAAUACAGAGAGUUUGAUAAGACUUUCAUUAACUUGAAAGAUCUACUUUGUGACUAAAUUUGUGUUUAUUUUUGAUGAGAAUCGUCGGUGCACAUUGACAAUGAUCAGUCAGUAACUGCACCGACAGUCUUACAGGCUACCAGACUGUCUGAUUUGGUCAGUUAAGCUGAUCAAACUGGCGCCACAUUUUGACCAGUUUUAUUUGACUUUGCCUCAAAGCAGCUCUGAAAAUACUGCAACAAAUGUGGUUUUUAUUAGUUAUGAUACAUCCUCUUCACAUCUUAUUCUCUUCAGUGUUGCUUCAGGACAAAAGCAAAAGUAGUUAAUUAUUUUUGGUCAUCUGAAAUCAAAAUCUCUUGUAGUCUCGUACCUUUUUAAUGAAAGAGCAGAUAAAAGUCUUUCCUCUCGAAUAAGAUAAGAAAUAAAAAAGUAACCAGUUACAUGGUCUCAUCACUGUCCGCUCCUUUGGACCCUGGAAGUAAACAUGCUGCAUGUGAGCGCCCUCUGCAGGACAGAUGUGGUUAUCACAAGUAUAUUCACACACACUGCCUGGUACAUUUUCAAGUAUGAUGUAUUUGUUUUGUCAUUUUUGUGUGGAGUCAAAAUAGUUUUAGUAUGAGAAAAAAAAUAAGUGGUUUGUGUCUUUAAGUACAAUAUUAGUUUGAAGUUUGAAAAAUGUGAAAGUUUUAAAGGUAAAAGAGUUACAAAGUGUUAGGAACAAAAAACAAACUCAGAGUACAAUCAGUGAUUGGAGCUUCAUGUAGUCAGAGUUUAUUAGUGACACAGCAGCAGUAUCAAGGUGUGAAUUAAGUCUGAGUUUUAUGUUGAAAGUACAUCAGUAUUCUCAGCUCAACUUUAUGCAGUUUGAGUUUUUAUGUUCAAGUACAGAAUUAUUCUCAGAUUUGUGAUUAAUAGAGAUUUCAAUUACUGAAUUAUUCUAAACUUUGUGUGGUCUUAGUCUCGCUGUAAAAGUACAGUAUUAUUGUCAACUUUGUUUGGUUGAAACUUCACAGCAAGAAUACAGUAAUAUUCUGAGCCUUAUGGAGAAAAAGUUUAUUAGCAAAAGUACUAAAUUAAUGUCAGUCUUCUAAAGUUUAAGUUUCACUGUCAACUAUUUCUGUAUUCUCUGCUCAGCAUAGUCAAAGUUUCGCUGUAAAAGUUCAACAUUAUUUGUUGCCUUAUAUAGUUUAAGUUUCACAAUGAAAGAGCAUAAUUAAUCUCAACUCAAUAUAGUAGAAGUUUCAGAGUAAAGUUCAGCAGGAUUUUUAUCCCCAUGUAGUUUUUUUAUUUUUAGUCUCAUAUUGUAAAGAUGUCACAUUUCAGCAGUGUAAUUUUUAUCUUUAAAAAGCUGUAACUUUGAGUGAAGUUGCCAACCUUUGUUGCUCCAAAGGGUUGAAGUUUCACAGUUAAAGUGCAGCAGUAUUCUUUGAUUCAUGUAGCUGAAUUUUCACAACAAACAGUCCAGCAUCAUAUUGUGAAGAUUUCAUAUUUUAGCACAGUGUUAUUCUCUGCUUUAUAAUGGUGGAAUUUAAGUAAAAUUCAGCAUUUUUCCAUCCCUAUAAGACUUAAGUUCCAGAGUAAAGUUUAGCAGUACCAUCACAUCUUUACAGAUUAAUUCUAUUUGUUUAAAAAAGACAGUUUUAUGUUUCAAGUGUCAGUGUUUGAUCAUUGAGAAGGAAUUUGCAGUUUUGUUUUCACUUUGAAACUGGAGUAUUUUAUGACAUAGCCAGACACUAAUAAUUCACAAGAGGUCACAAAUCUUAAUUUGAGACUGAAAAGUAACUAAAGCUGUCAGAUGAACUGAAUCCUUCUCACAGACCUCGUGUAAGUAGUAAAAAGUGCAGUAAAUGUACUUUUGCCAUCAAUUACAGGACUUUUUAGUCAACUUCCUGUGCGGUCAGUAACUGUGCUGUCUCCAUGUGCUACAAUCUCACUGCUUCUUUGUGGGUUUCUGCCUCCAUCUGGUGCUGCUUUGGUUCUGGUUCUGGUGCUGGUUUACUGUCACUGUGGACCAAGUUUUUGCUUCUUUUUCUUCAUGCAUUUCCUCCAUCUUCUGUCCAGCUGACCGCUCAGCUGCUAACCGUGCAUGCUGCCUGCUAACACCUCCACUAACGGUGAGUGCUUAGAGAUUCACACUCACAAACUAACCAUCCGUCUGCAAGGGGAGUGGUUCAAGAUUUUCAUUGUUUGUUUUCCUUAAAUUUAAUAUAGAUAUUUCUGUUAGUUAUAAAGAAAAAGUAGUCCAGAUAUAAGAAUGCACUGCAAUUUAAGACAAUAAAAAACACCAAAGUUUUCCUUCUGGAGCCUUAAAUCUGACUCUUUGUCUUUACGUGUCUUUCCAGAGCGGCUGAGUGAUCUUCGUCAGACACCAAGCUUCUCUUUACAUCGUCUUUUUUUCUUCCAGCUGAUCUAUGAUGACGACGAUGAUGACGAGCGCUGAAGAAAGCAUUGGCUGCGUCUCAACUCUGCGGUUUGAAGGGUGUUUAACUUCAUUUCACGUCAGAGCUGCUUGUGAAUAGCAAACGUCUUUACACCAAAGUGCCUCCAAAGUUUUGUUUUUACCCAUCUGAGUUUUGUGUUGAGAGUUUGAAAGACGGAGGAGUUUCAGAGUGUAAAGUAAUAAUUUUAGAGACAGAGAGAAAAUAGUGUGAGAUUUUUCUUUAAAACUAUUAAACUGUGAUCUAAAUCAAAGUGAAUUUUAGCCUGACAUUAGUCUAGUCUGUCAGUUAAAACCCUAACUUUAAACCAUCAGCUGCAUUUCUUGAAUGAGCAGCUUUGAUUUAAAAGCUGGCAGGAGCAUCAGAAGUUUGACGUCUUCCAGGCUCCAGGUUAGUUAUUUGAGGUUUUCAGUUCUUCUGUUUGCUUUAAAUGUUAAAAUAAUGCAAUAAAUGUGUGAAACAAUGCCAGUUGUGGUUUAUUGAGUUUGUUGAUCUGAUAUUUUCUGUAUCAUUUGGUGUUCACAUUAAAGCUCCUGUGAGAGACUGUCAUGUUGUGAUGAAUUUAGCACCCCCUCCUGGCCAAAUCGGCCCAUUAAAGAUCCAUCCUGUGUUUUCUGAUUGAAAGAAUACAGGUUCACCUUAAAGGUCUAAUUUGCAAUUUACAUCAGAUAUCAAGCAUGGAAAGAUUUGAACAGGGCUGUUUUGAAACAUAUAGUAAGUGGCCUCAUCUGGUAGAAAGUAUCCUUAUCAGAAAAGAUCCAUCUUCUUCAAUGGUUGUUUGCUUUUGGAGAUUAUAUACACAACAUGUUAAAUUUUGAGUCUUAUGCUGCAUUCCAGUUACCUCGGAAGUCACAUGUCGGAGCUGGGAAUGACAUUAGAUCUGAGUUGACGGGGUUCCAGUUAACAAGUUGGAAAACCAAGAUGGACGCCUACAGUUCGCUGUAUUAGCUGUUGUUUACAAUUGUCAGCUGUCUUUAGCAGUUGUCAGCUGUUGUUAGGUGUUGUUAGCUAUACCAGUUGUAAACAACACAUGACACAGUAUUUUACUCUUACAAUCACCAUAGCACCGUGUUCACAGUUUUAUUUAAUUUCACCAAAACAAAACAGAAGUGUUAAUAAAUAAUUAAUUACAAGAGCUUUCACUGUUACUCUUUACUGCUGAUGCACUGCGCUGCCAUCUUGGAUUAUGACGUCGUCGUCAAGUCCGGGUUGGUGAGGAUCGUUCGACUUUCUGAAUCGAAAAUUCCGACUUCCAAGUACAACUGGAACGCAGCAUUAUUCAGUAUCAGUUGGGGUUUUGUAGUUUUGUAAUGUUUAAAAAAAAAAACUUUUGGAGGAACAACAAGUGCAACAACUACUAACAUGUCUGGGUGAUAAAAAAAGCAUCCAAGAGAGAUUGUGUGUGCAAAAAGCCCAACAGUUUCAGGAUUAUGUUCCUCAAAGUGAAAUUGCUAAGAACUGAUGGAUAUCAUCCCCUCCUGUAAAUAAUGGUACUAAAAAAAUUAGAGAAAUCUCUGUACAAAAGAGACAAGGGCAAAAGCUGUACUGGAUUGCCUAAAUCUCUGUCAUUUCUGCAGUAAAAACUCAUUUAAGAUGGACUGAAAUGAAGCAGAAAACUGUCCUGUGGUCUGACAAAUCAAAAUGUGACAUUUGAGAACCUCCUCUUUCUUGAACUCAGGUAUCUCUCUAUUUAGCCAAUGUCUUAGCAUGAUUUUUUAUGUAUGUUCUCCCAGAUAUACAUGUUUGCAAAUCCCUCUAGGUAUAUGAUCACUUUUCCUACAACAUGUACCCAAAUUGAUACAGUGUCAUGUCCUCAUAGAGCUGUCACACUAAGAUAAACUCACUAUAAAUGUCUUGACUGGUUGUCAUCUAAAUGCCAUAAACAUUGAACAAUCCCUAACUCCACCUCCUUUAAGAUGUCUCAUUAAUUCUCAGGUGUUUCUAAAGCGUUUGCUUUUUACUGGUCAGAGCGUCCACAAAUCACAUCACAAAGAUACUGUAUAUUCACUGGAGUUUAGAGGAAACACCUGGUAACUGUGCUUUAAUGAAAAGGACAAACACUCUGUGGUAAACUUAACACAUUAUGCCAAUGUCUUCCAAAUAUAUUGAUUGCUCCUAAUUUUUUACACUGUUUGAAUGACGAGGAAGAGAAAACCAAUGCUGGAAGAGGGAUAGGAGAGGCAAUGCUUGGGCCUGUUUGGGCUUGAGCUCACUCCUUACACCGUACGCUCUACCUUCCCACCACACACACUGAUGAGGGAUUAGAGAAAGGAAAAAGGAGGAAAACAUGUGAGUGAAAGGACAAGGAAAGCACAGCUAGUGAGAAGCUUGUCAUCGCUGCAGGGUUAGGCUGUACGCUCCACCUCCCCCCAGGAAUAUAUUUUGUAUCUCAUAAACUACAAAACCUGUUAUAAAAUUGCCUUUCAGGUGAUCAUGCAUGUGUCUGUGUUUGUGUGCGUUGACUUCCAAGGGUGCAACAGGAGCAGCUAGCAGCCAUCUUUCGCCUGCUGAAGGAGAACCAGGAGGGGCUUGGGGAAGUGACCGAGGGAGACAUGGAAGAGCAGAUGAAGCUGUACUCCCUCUGAGAUGCAGUCUGGAGUCACUCGCACAGACAAAAAAGAAAAAAAAAACACUUGAAGAAAAAGUACUGUAGCCGCACAUAUGAGGACUGUAGAUGGUGUUAGUUUGAAUAAUAUUUCUGUUGUUUGCUGCUGAUGAACUGAGGAAAACUUUCAACAGCAAUUUUCUCAUUAAUGUUGCACCUAAGAUUGUGAAUAGUAUUGACGUAGUAGAUUGGAAUAGAUGGGAUCAAUAAACUACCGACCAGGAAACCACGACAGGACCGAGGGACAAAGUUUGGAUAUUGAAUUAACCAAACUUGUGGUUUGAUUUUGAACUUGCUGAGUACAUGUAUCAUAUAUAUUUUCAAUAUUAUUAAGAAAACAAUCCAAGUGUUUUUAUAAAUUAUGUGUUACUGUACAUAAAAUGUUGUUUUGUGAAAAUAGUGUUUUCUAAUUAUGAUUAAGUGUUUCUUGUCAUUACAACGGUGUAAACUGAAUAAACAAGCUGAGCUUCUGA